AUUGUGGUUCACUUCCCCAUCAAACCAGAGGAGUUGAAUUUAGUGAAAAUAUCUCUCUAAAUUAUAAAAUCCAAGAAAAUAUUAAAAGCCUCAAAUCUAACUUUUGAAAAAAGAGAUUGUAGAGUUGAAUAUUCCAACCUUCUUUAAUGAGGAUGGGAAAUGAUUUUUCCCCACCAAAUGUUUGGUUAUAGUCAACGACCAGAAAUAUCAGUUUUAUCACAACCCCACGGCUAUAUUCUCCGGUUGAAGCGUCUUCUUCCAUUUUCCUAAAACCCUAGCCCUAAUCUCAUGCCCUCGUUGAUGGCUUCCUCUGCAAUUCUCCAUUUUUCUCCGUCUUCAUCCCUCCUCCUCUCCCGCAAAAUCUGUCGGCCUUCCGUUUUCACAGCUGCUCAAUUUCCGAGAUCCCUUACAAUUAAGGCUUCAACUUCUCUGGAUUACUCCAACGUCUCUGUCAUUGAUAAGUCAGCAGCCCCAUCCAAGACUAAUAACUGGAAAUGGAAAUUCGAGGAUAAUUCUAUCAAUAUAUAUUAUGAAGAAUAUGAAAAGGAGAGCUCUGAUCCUCCUAAGGACAUCCUUAUGAUACCAACAAUCUCUGAUGUUAGUACUGUAGAAGAAUGGAGAUUAGUGGCUAGAGAUAUUGUUCAACGAGUUGGCAAAGUCAACUGGAGAGCAACUAUCAUCGAUUGGCCUGGACUGGGUUACUCUGAUAGGCCAAAGAUAGAUUACAAUGCAGAUGUAUUAGAGAAAUUCCUCGUUGAUUUCAUGAGUGCACCAGAUUGCCCUAUUAGCCAAACAAAAAAUGACUUAGUGGUCUUUGGAGGAGGGCACGCAGCCACAAUAACAAUUCGAGCUGCAAAAAAGGGUUUGGUGAAGCCAGCUGCCAUUGCUGCUGUUGCACCUACCUGGGCAGGUCCUCUACCUAUUGUGUUUGGUCGAGAUUCUGAUAUGGAAACAAGGUAUGGGUUACUUAGGGGCACCUUAAGGGCCCCUGCUGUGGGCUGGAUGAUGUACAACAUGCUUGUCAGUAAUGAAAAGGCAAUUCAGUCCCAGUACAAAUCCCAUGUUUAUGCAGAUCCUAAUAAUGUCACUCCAAGCAUUGUUGAGAGUAGAUAUGCACUGACCAAAAGGAAAGGGGCUCGCUAUGUGCCUGCUGCUUUCUUAACUGGUCUUCUUGACCCUGUUAAUUCUCGAGAGGAGUUUCUUGAACUGUUUGCAGCGUUGGAGGGACAGAUACCAGUUCUGGUUGUGUCAACUAAGGGCUCUCCCAAGAGGUCAAAAGCAGAGAUGGAAGCUCUCAGGGGAGCAAAAGGGGUGAGCAAGUUUGUUGAGCUGCCAGGAGCUCUUCUCCCUCAAGAAGAGUAUCCUGCCGUUGUUGCAGAGGAGCUUUACAGGUUCUUGCAAGAGAAUUUUGAAUGCAAAGCGUAAGAACAGUUUUAAUGGAAGUUAAUGUCAAGAGGCAGUGGUAAUUGUUCUUACCCUUAUGAGGUUGUCAGUCAUAGACUUCCAGUUUAACUUUUGACUUUAGGUUCCAUGAGAUUGCAAAUUUAUUCCGCUCUUGACAGAGGUAUAUACAAGAAUAUAUGUAUGAGUAUAGUUACACUGGAAAUGUAACAAGAAUUAUACCUCUUUAUAGAAAGAGUUUCCAUGCUUGAGUUUUCA